CUCAGCGAUUUUAUUCCCACUCCCAGUCACAAACAGACCGUGUUGGAAUCAAGACGUGAUCACCAUCCCAUAUAAGUACACAGAGAUACUCGCGGUGUUCAAAAAACAAGCAAUCGACCGAUCAACAAAUACAAUUUUUUUAGAAGAUUAAUUCCGAGCAUCGGCGAUCUAUAUACAAGCGGGUCAAGAGGUCUAGCCAGAUAGGAGAAGGCGGAGGCGGAGCAGCUCCAGCCCUCCAUAUCCCAGCCGUUAAGAUUCGAUACGAUCAACCCAACCGAUCUUGAAGUGUUGUGCGCGCGUGUAUCUUCAAUCUUGGAAUUGAACGAAACUAGUGACAGUGUUGCUUUGAAAUCCGAUGCCAGCGGUUCAUAGAAUAUAGAAAAUCCUGCUGGAAAACCGAGCUGCAAUGGAAACCCCCGCACACACGCAUAUGUGCGCCUAGUGGGAAAAUUGCCGAGUUUGUUUUCCGAGCUGCCUGCUCGAACAGUUGGUGAUCCGCCACCCGAGCGAGUGCAACGUGUCCUGUAAUCUAACCCGAAAACCGUGAUUUGUGAACUGUGAACCGAACAGAUUUCCCCGAUAAAAGUGUGCAUAUUUGUAUCUUGCCAAAGAGUUGUGAAAUCGAAACUACCGAGUGACUGAUCAUUCGGCAAAAUGACUUCCCUCGUGUACACCGUCAUCCACCUGGCAUCGCUCCAGUGCUCGGUGCGUCCGGAGAUCUCGCCUUGCACCUGCGAAACGGGAAAGGCCUGGAACCAUGUGGAGCUCUCCUGCGAGAAACUGGAGUCCUUCAACUCCGUAGUUGACACCUUGGCCAAUAAGUUGAAUGCCGACGCGAAAAUCGACCUGAAAAUCACUCACUCUCAACUGGACGACCUGGAAAUGCGAUCAUUUACGGAUAUGAACUUCAACUUGUACAAGCUCCGGAUGCAACGGAACGGUCUAAGAUCGCUGCCCGAGGUGCCGUUCCGCGGGUUAUCGAAUGUCACCUACCUAAGCAUCAGCGACAACGAACUCGACGAGAUCCCGAAGCACGCCUUGAGCCACAUGCCGAGCCUGUUGACCCUGGACAUUGGGCGGUGCAACAUCCGGGCGGUGCAGCAGGAGGACUUGCGGGGCAUUCAGAAGGUAGAGAACCUGAUCCUGGUCAGCAACGUUAUCACGCGCUUGGAUAGAGGGUCCUUCCCCAAGAGCCUGCUGAUCCUACAUCUGGCGAGGAACCAAUUGGAGUCCCUGAAUGGGUCACUGCAUGAUCUGGACAAGCUGGAAUCGUUGUUUAUCAAUGCGAACAACCUGACAACGCUGGACGACGAAUUGCCGGAUGGGAGCAAGUUGCGUCUCCUGAUGGCCCACAAUAACAGACUGGAACGACUGCCGGCUAACAUGGCCGGAAUGCACAACCUGGAGACGGUCCACAUACACUGCAACAAGCUGAGAUCCUUCGACCGGGUCCUCCGCAAUGCCGUCAAUCUCUCCGAGGUCCUGGCCGAAAACAACGAGCUGGAGUAUUUGGCCCAGGACGAGUUCGCCUCGUGCUCCAAGGUGGAGACCCUGCUGAUGGGCUUCAACCACAUCCGAUCCCUCAACUCCUCGCUGCUGCCCAUCCUCAAGCUGAAUAACGCCAAUUUCUCUUCCAACGACAUCGAAGAGUUCUCCAUGGCGGAACUGCACGGGCUGCGUUCGCUGAAGACCCUGUCGUUGUCCAACAAUCGCAUCCAACGGCUGCUUCCCGAUCCCCGGGGAGUGCAGGAACUGAUGCUGGUCAACCUGGACCUGGAUAACAACAGAAUCGAUUCCCUGAAUGGAGCCCUGGCCGGUCUGGGCAAUCUUCGGAUGCUCAACCUGGCCGGCAACCGAUUGGAGCAACUCCAGGUGGGGGAUUUCGAUGGCAUGGUCCGUCUGGACAUUCUCGACCUCACUGGAAACCAGCUGGCCAAGCUUAAGCCCUUGGAAAUGACCUUGUUGCCCAGCCUAAAGAUUCUCAAGGCUGCGUACAACAAUAUUACCAAGCUGGAGCAGGACUUUAAGGGCAUGCCCAUGCUGUGCCAGGCCAACUUGACCAACAACCAGAUCUCGACCAUUUCGAGCGAACUCGUUACCAACACGCGCUGCAAGAAUCACAACGUUCCCGGCAAACUGGAGAUAAAUCUAGAUGACAAUCCCAUAAUGUGUGACGUGCGCCUGAACGAGCUGUGCCGCCUGAUGGCGGUCCAGGAAGCUCGAAUCCGAGGCCGAUCCCAGUGCUUCGAGAACGACCAGGAGGUGUGCACCGUGCUGCCAAUGCUGUACAAGGUGGACCUGCCCAUAAUGGUCACCAGUUUGAAGUUGGGCGGACGCGAGGAUGCCAAGCCAGUGAUGCAGAUGCUGCUCCCGCAGCUGAUCAAGGCCAACGAGGAUCUACUACCGCCGAUUAUUUCCACUCUGGGAAAUCCGCUGAUUAUCGGCAACACCCUGAUCAAUCCGGUGAUUUCGCCCAUGCCGCCGCCACUCCUGCUGGCCACCAAACCUCCACCUCUGCCGCUGCCACUUCCACUUCCAGUGGAGCCGGAAGUGCAGAAGAACGAGUCCACCACGGCGGCUCCCGUCACCACGAGCAGCACAGAGGAGCCCACGACUACGACCACGUCCACGACUACGACCACGCCUUCGCCCACGACCACAACUACCUCGACCACAACAGAGGCCAGUAGUCAGGUGGGUCCAACCGAGGUGAUAACCACCACUCCACCCACCACCACAACCACCAGCACCACGACGCCGAAACCCAACGAAACGCUGCCCGUGAUUGUGGAACUCCAGGAGCCCAAUCCACUGGGCACUCUGCCACUCAAUCAAACGGAUGUGGAUGGGACGCAGGACAAGGGAGCUGCCCUAGUGCCGCCCGCUGUUCAGGAUCCCCUGCAGCAUGAGCUGGAAAGGGAGAAGGAGAGGGAGCGGGAUCUAGAGCGGGAUCUGGACCACGAGGCGGUGGCCAAGACCGAGUACGAGACGGUCGAGUAUAUCCCCAAUCUGGUGCAGCCGCCGGUGGGCAGUGAGGCACUGACGCCGCCGCCCAGCAAGGCGAAUGCCCUGGAGGAGGACUCCGAGUCCGUGCACUCCAACUCCGUGCAUGCGGAAUAUCCGCAGAGCCUGCAGAUACCCGAGGAACCGCCGGAGGAGUGAGUCCUCCGCUCGGGGGAUUAGGCUCCUCGGGGAAUUCACCCGGAAAAAAUAUUAUUUUACUGUAAAUCGCAGAUGGAGGAUGGAGAAUGGAGGAGGCGGAAUCGAUGGAGAUCGGGCGGAGCAGCAUGCAAACGGCGGAAGGAGCGAGUUUCGGAUUUGUAUGCCUUAAGUUAACUUAGUUCUUAUGUUUUAUUUAAGCCAUCGCUAAAUCGAGCAGUUUGUCGGACCGAACGCUUUUUUGUUGAGUUUUUUUUCGUCGAUUUUAUGCCAAAUUCGAUCACGAUUUCGGAGGUUGAAUGACCCAGGAAACAGGACGAACGUACGAGGACAGUCUUAUGAUUUAAGCUUAUUUGUUGGGGGCUCAAUUUCGCGAAUGUGUGUUGGCAGGCGGGCACUUUUCGAUUUUCAAUUUUAGGGAACACUUUUUGGGAUCUUUCUUAACUAUUUGUGUAUUUAUUACUAGCUCAUUAUUGAUCAUCUUAAUUUGAAGAUGAUUUAGUUCCAAUGUUCAUAAGAAUAUGGCAAACAGAAAAUUGGAAAUUUGUGGUAUUUAAAAUUAAUAUGUCAGUUGUCUUAAUUGACAUCUUAUGACAGAAAGUAAAUAAAUUGUAAAUUAUACAUUUUUGAGGAUCACAAUUAAUCCGUGAAAUUGAAAACCGGAAAAGUCGCGUGGAAACCGGAAUGUGGCGAUAUCGAAUAUGCAACUGCAUAUACACAUUAUCUAUAUUUAAUAACUGUAUACACGUAUGAACGUUGAAUAUCUACAAGUAGGUACUUAGAGUUAAACGACAGCAAAAACAAAUCGCAUCGAGCUAAUGCUAAUAACAAAUAGCACUCACUCACAUACAAACACACAAAACCACACACACAACCGUAGCGUGCACAUGCACAAACUGAAAAAAAACGAAUAAAAUAUAAACGAGAAAAAAAUAUUGUUAUCAGUUCGUUAACAAAAUGAGAAAAUAGAUUUUAGCGUGUAAUUAUAUGAAAAUGAAAAUGGUAUUCUAAAUAAAAUCGAAAAUAAAAACUGA